UUGCAAUCACAACUGAGUAUAUUGCCGCGGCACGUGUUCCUUUAUUUUGUUGCUGGCAUUGAAUUAUAGUUUGUUUUUUUUACAUUUAUUUUAAUAGUACAAAAUGCAGCACGACGAUCUUGUGUGGAGCAUCAUAAACAAAUCGUUUUGUUCACAUAAAGUUCGAACUGAUACGCGAACAUUUUGUCGACAUGAAUACAAUAUAACCGGCUUAUGUACAAGACGCACUUGCCCGCUCGCCAACUCUCAAUAUGCCACAGUCCGUGAAGAAAAUGGUAUUAUUUAUCUUUUCAUGAAGACGGCCGAACGUUCACACAUGCCGAACAAAACUUGGGAACGCGUCAAACUGUCAAGAAACUUUGAGAAAGCAAUACAGCAAAUAAAUGAAAAUUUAGUUUUCUGGCCUAAAUAUAUGAUAGCAAAAAAUAAACAGCGCUUCUUGAAAAUUACACAGUAUCUGAUGCGUAUGCGUAAACUGAAAUUGCGACGACAGAAACUUAUAGUACCGCUGUCUAGGAAAAUAGAAAGACGUGAAACUAGACGAGAACAAAAGGCGCUUAUAGCAGCCAAAAUUGAUAAUCAUAUUGAGAAGGAAUUGUUGGAACGUUUGAAACGUGGCACGUAUCAAGAUAUAUACAACUUCCCGCAGACAGUCUUUAAUAAGGCACUUGAAGCGGAAGAGAUUGAAGAUGAAGAAGCUGAACAAAGUGAGGAAGAAGAAGCCGAAGUUGAAAAAGAAAUGGAACUUGAUGAAGAUGUACGACGUGAAUUACUUGAUGAAGAAUUUGUUGAAGCUGAAUCCGAUUUGGAAGAUGAUGAUGAGGAAUAUAGUGAUGAUGAGGAUGCAUUAAGUGAUUCUGGUCAAAAAGAAGAAGUAGAAUUGGAGAGUGAUUUUGCAUCAUCAGAUGAAGAGAAUGGAGAUGAUAUUGAGGACACGCCUGUUAUACCCGGUGCCUUUGUACUCGCGCCUAAAUAUAUUAAAUCAAAGAAAGACACAAGUAAGUCGGAUAGUAAAGACAGUAAACCUACGAGUAAACGUCGUCUUCGGAAAGCUAAACCAGAAAUUGAAUAUGAGAUGGAAACUGAAGCUAAUACGUCAAUGCAAAGGAUACGCCGUUAAGGUAUAUGGGUCAAGUAUUUUAUUUGACAGUGAGAUUGUGUUUUAUAUAUAUAGAUAUUAUGAAAUUAGAUA